AUGUCUCAACAGAAAACUAUUGUGAUGUUGGUUGCAGUGAUGAUGCUGUUGUCCAACAAAGCAUAUGCAACAAGCUACAAUGUUGGAGACUCUUCGGGCUGGGCCUUUGGUAUUGCGGGCUGGGAAAAUGGAAAGAGUUUUAGAGCUGGCGAUUCCUUAGUAUUCAAUUACGGCGCGGGUGCACAUAACGUGGUUGUUGUGGAUAAGGCGAGCUACGAUUCAUGCAGUGUGCCAGCAAGUGCACCAACAUAUACUUCAGGCCAAGAUAAUAUUGUUCUUAACAAAGGCGCUAAUUACUUUAUUUGUGGAUUUAAUGGCCAUUGCCAGGCUGGCAUGAAGAUUGAUGCUAAUGCUUCUUAA